UCAAAUUUGAAGUAUUUAUUUCUCCCUUCCAACAAAUUAAAUGGUGAGCUUCCAUUCUCCAUCUGUAACUUGACAUCCCUUCAGCUUCUUCUACUCUCAAAUAACAGUUUGGAAGGGACAGUUCCACAAUGCUUUCGAAACUUGAGCAAAUCUAAUUUGCUCAUAUUUCAUUUAAAUGCAAAUAACUUUAGUGGCCCAAUUCCAUCAAUAUUUAUCAAAGGGUGUAGUCUUGAGUCCAUCAAUUUGAGUGGUAAUAAAUUGCAAGGAAGAUUACCUAAAUCCUUAAUCAAUUGCAAAAGUCUGAGGGGCCUCGAUGUUGGAAAUAAUAGAAUACAAGACAAAUUUCCGUUUUGGAUGGAAGCUCUUCCUGAGCUUCGAGUGCUCGUCUUGAAGUCUAACAAGUUUGAUGGUAACAUGUCGUUGGCUUCACGAAGCAACCUUCCAUUUCCUAAGUUGCAAGUUUUAGAUAUAUCAGAGAACGAAUUUGUGGGGUCUUUACCUCAAAAAUAUUUCAAGAAUUUCAGAGCAACGAAGGAAAAUCAAACAGAUGGUGAUAUUGACUAUUUUUCAAAUUAUGUGGAGAUGAGAAUCACCUUGAAAGGUUUGGAUCAGUUAUUGAAGAGAUUGUUGGAAGACUUUACAAUCAUUGACUUAUCCUCCAAUAAAUUCUCUGGUACUAUUCCACAUUCCAUAGGUAAUAUGAAUUCUUUGAGAUACUUGAAUUUUUCCCACAAUAAUCUCAUGGGACACAUACCUGCAUCUCUUGGAAAUAUAAGUGUACUUGAAUCAUUGGACUUAUCAUCGAACAAAUUGGAUGGUGGAAUUCCAAGUGAAUUGACGAGGUUGACCUUUCUUGCGAAAUUAAACCUUUCAAUGAAUGAUCUGGUGGGGCAAAUCCCACAAUCUAAUCAGUUUUCCACAUUUGAGAAUGAUUCAUACGUGGGAAACUUGAGAUUGUGUGGAGUUCCGUUGACGAGAAAAUGCAACGAGGAGAAUGGGCAGCGGAUGCAGCCAGAAGAACAAGAUGACGAAAAUGAUGAGUAUGGAUUUAUAGAUGGAUUUGGAUGGAGAAGUGUGGUGAUGGGAUAUGGAAGUGGACUCGUAGUUGGAAUUGGAAUUGGUUGUUGCAUUAUUCGAUUUGGAAGGCCAAGAUGGUUGGUGGAAUUCUUUUUUGGUGUUGGAUAUACAUACAACAAGAACAAGAAGAAGAAGAAGACAAGGAAGAGAGCUACUCCAACACAGAGGAGAAGUUGAGUCAAGACAAAUAUAUAUUAUGAGCUUUUCUUUCUUGCUUUUUUGUUCUUUUCCAGACAUCAGAUUGUUGUUUUAUGAUUGCUACUUGUGAGUUUGUGCUUUUGAGUUUAUACAAUGUUGUUUAUGUUCAAAGUUUGCUAAGUUUUAAUUUUAUCUCAUUUAAAAUAGUUUUGUGAUGGAGUCCCGUUAUUAGAUAAGCAGUUAUUUUCAUCUGGGCUUUUUGUCGAACUUUUGGCGAACUGAUUUUCGCUAUUCUUCUCCACCGUCUUUACUUCACUGCAAAAUGGAGCUUUUACUUCGUCUACGGUGUCGUUUUUCUCGAAAUCCGGAGUGUGUGAAAUCCUAGAGAGAUCUCCAACAAUUAUUAUUAAUUUUGAUUGGUUGAGGUUGGUUAUAGUGAUAACUUGGAUGCAUUUUAGAUUAAGGUGAUUGGAUAUAUCAUAUAAUCCACACAAUUUUGGAUUGAUAAACGAUUGUAUGCCGAUUUAUCAAUCACGUGUCCAAUUAUGCAAAAAAUAUUUGAUUAAGGUGAAUUAUUUUAUCAAUCAUACGUUACCACUCAAACCUAAUGCCUCAGAUUCUUGAAUUUGUCUAACAAUACUUGAAUUCCCUUCGUCUGGUGUAAGAGCGUUAUUUUGAUCUUUGUAUCAUACUUUUUCUUAAGUUUGGUGUAAGAGCUUGUGCUUCAACUGUUUCUCCCUUUCUUUAUUUUUUUAUCUUUAAGUUAUUGGCAUCUAGAUAUACGAACUUUCGGUCCAUUUUGAUUUUUCCCAUGAAUUUUGAAAAUUCUCAAAAACUACACAAACUUUGACUCAUUUUGUUUUUUCCACGAACUUUGAGAAUUAUCAAAAAAUACACAAACUUUGGCUUCAUUUUGUUUUUUCCCACGAAAUAUAUUAUUAUAAAAAUGAUCCAAAUAAUUCUUUUAUUUUUU